AUCCUUAACUCAAAUGACCACAAAUUCUGCCAAAAGAUAUCCUUGUGGUAAACUUGAAAAUAUCUGCAUAACAAAAACAUAACAUAACAUAAAUGCUUUCAAAUACCCUGCUGGUAAACACAGCUGGAUUAGUGUUGAACUCCGAUUGGCUGAACUAGAUCAUUCAGCUCAAUAAAAAAGCUUUGGAGAUCUAUGUUGCACUGUACAUGUCAGAGCAAAUCACGACUGGAGCGAGAAACAGGUUGCAAGAUGAAGAACUUUGUUAUAAUCUUUAUGGUUCUGACCGUAAUUGCUGAUAUCACCUCAGCUAAGAAGCUGGGACUUAUCAAUGGUGGUCUGGUUACUGGUAUAAAUGGAGUUAACCCUCUAUUGGUGGGUGGUCUGAAUCCACCUGUGCUUUCGGGUGGUCCUGCUGUUGUUGGACAGCCUCCAUUAGCACAGAUUCUGCCUGCUGCUGCUCUUCCUCCAUAUGUGCUUCGGCAGCCACCUGUGGCCUCAGUUCCCUUCAGUCCCUCCAACAUCGGACCUCAGUUGGCUUACCCUUUUGCUUCACUUAAUGGGGGACUGCUGUAUUACAUUGGUGGACCCCACAAUCAACCAGCAAUAAUCCCCCUGCAGCAACAAGUUGCGGCUGGACAAGGCCCCGCUGGAAAUAAUCAAGCUGUGCCGCCAGGCUCACUGACUAGAUUUAAGCGCUCCUUCCUCAGAAGGACCACUGCAAGACCACCUGUCUCUAUCACCCAGAUGCCAGCUCAAGUCAACCCUGCUGUGUCUGGAAACCCUGUUGGGUAAAUCUGAGUGAUGCAUGUGUUGAAAUAGCUUAGAUACUUUCAAGAGAUCUUCUCUUCUAUGCAAUACAUGUCAUUUUAAUGUAGAAUAUACAGAAUCACAGCUAAGUAAAAUAGAGUAAACUGUCUAAUGUUUUGUUUUAUACUGACAAAUUCUCACUAUUUGUAACAAAU